GCUAUCCAGAGUCUACAAAUUUUAGAGUCUAUGGCAUUAACCAUCAGGGAAUAUAAAUCCAAACCACAGUGAGAUACCACUUCACAUGCAACAUGAGCACUAUAAUAAAAAAGACAUAAGAGCAAAUAUUUCCAAGCAUGUGGAGAAAGUGGAACUCUCAUGUGCUGCUGGUGAUAAUAUAAAAUGUACAGUCACUUUGGAAAACACGCUGGCAGUUCCUCAAAAAGUUAAAACCAGUUACCAUAUAACCCAUCAAUUCUACUCCUAUGUAUAUUUUCCAAGAGAAAUGAAAAUGUAUGCUCACAUGCAAACUUGUACAUGAAUGUUCACAGCAGCAGUAUUUAUGAUAGCCUAAAAGUAGAACAACUGACAUAUAUUUUGGCAUGAUAUGAUACAGGUUUAUUUCUCAUGGAGACCCUCCCCAAGUGAGUCAGAUUCCCAGGUAUUCUAGUGGCUCUGCCCAUCCUGAAGUCGGAAUGUUCUACUAUAUUCCCUAAACCUGGCUAAGAGAACCUGUGGGGCAUCAGAACAGAUAAGACCUUGAGGACAUUCAUAGAACAAAUCAGAGGAAGGCAGACAAUAUCCAAACUUCCCACACAGGUAGAGAGGUGUUAUCGAUGUACACUCCCAAACUUCUUUACCACAUUAUGGACGGUUGAAGAGGUCACGACAGAUUGGUUGUAGUAAGAGAAAUUUGAAAGUGAUCACUUUUAUGGAAGUCAUAAGAGAGACUCUUUCAUAUUUUUAAAUAUCCUAGACACACAUUCUUAAAGAUAAUAUAGCCAAAUAUCUUCCUCUAUGGUAAACCUUUACAGAACUGAAAUCCUGAAAAUUCAGCUUCUGAUAGUGUUUCCGCUUAGAUUGGGCAUAAUUCUUACUUGGUAGUACAAAAUCUGUUGAUGAGGUUCCACCCCACCCCACCUGCUAUUCAGAGUGGAAUUCAGACCGGCGGCUGGGAAUACCAACUCCAGAAUUUCAGAUCAGGUCUGUAAUUGGGCUAGGGAGGGGCUUUGGGCGGGGCCUCGAGAGAGGGAGGAGGCGUUGUUAGAAAGCUGUGGGGCCAGUCUACUGCUGUCACUACAGUACUCAAGCCUUGUAGUAUUUGAGUGAGAGAGGAUCCGGUGUUGGAGCAGCAUUCUCAGGGAGAACUAGUUUCACUUGGCGUUUGAGUGGGAUCAAUCUGCAUCCACAGGCGUUCCGUCCUUUCGGACUCCGAGAAUGUGAGAGCCGCAGGGACGGCUGUCACCAGCGAUAGGACGCCGGCAGAAACACUACCGUUCUUGAGAAUGGGUUGCACUGAGAGGUCCAUGUAGCCCCCGGGGUUUUAUUGAGAAGGAAAGUGGAGCGCGGGCAAGGACUGGGAGACCUGGGCGCCUGAAGCCACAGGCACGGGAGACAGAGCCGCGUGUAACUGCUUUCGAAGCCGCAGCCCCUGCAGUGCGCGACCUGUGAGUACUCUGCGUCUCCCGCCCUCAGACCGAAGUCGGAGAGCUCUCGGAGAACUCUCCCAGUUAGGGGACGAGAUCCCGACAACUGCUUCUCCCGCCUUCCCACCUGCCUUAGGACGAGACAUCUGCCCCCUUUCCCCUGCCGGCCAGAUGGAGCGCAGAGACAGGAGCUGACCGUCGCCUCCCCCUCCGCACCCAGGGGGUGGAGAUCACCACCCCGCCCCACCCUGUCCAGCCAAAUUGAACACCUAUUGCCUCCUCCCGCUGCUUGUACAUUCCCACUCCCCCUCCUCUUCCCCGUCCCUCCUCCCCAGAGACGGGGGAGGAGAAAAGGGUAGCCCAGGUCGUUAUGACAGAGCUGAACGCCGAGGAUCCCCGGGCUCCCCACGUGGCGGAAGGCGCGCCCUCCCCGACCCAGGUCGGAUCCCCUCUGCUGGGGCGCCGGGACGCUGACCCCUUCCAGGUGAGCCAGGCCUCGGACGCCUCGGCUAUUCCCAUCUCCCUGGACGGGCUGCUCUUCCCUCGGCCCUGCCAGGGGCAGGACCCCGACGGGAAUUCGCGGGACCAGCUCCCUCUGUCAGACGUGCAGGGGGCGUAUCCCAGAGUCAAAGCCUCGGGCGGUGCCGGAGGCGGCGAAUCUGGAGCCCCGGCGAGGGAGAGCGGGCUGCUGGACAGUGUCCUGGACACGCUGCUGGCUCCCUCGGGACCCAGGCAGAGCCGCGCCAGCCCUUCCGUCCGCGAGGCCACCAGCCUUUGGUGCCUGUUUGGCCCCGAGCCUCCCAAAGACCCCCGGACUGCCCCCUCCAUCCAGGGGGUGUUGUCCCCGCUCAUGAGCCGGCCAGAGGGCAAAGCUGGCGACAGCUCUGGGACCGCGGCCUCCCAGAAAGUGCUGCCCAGGGGCCUGUCGCCGUCCCGGCAGCUGCUGCCCCCGCCCCCCGGUAGCCAUUCCUGGCCCGGGGCGGCAGGGAAGCCGUCUCCGCAGCCCGCUGUGGUGGUGGAGGUGGAGGAGGAGGAGGACUCCGAGUCUGAGGGCUCGGUGGGGCCGCUUCAGAAGGGCAGACCUCGGCCUCCGGGAGGCACGGCAGCAGGGGGCGGAGCCGCGACAGCCGCCCCGGGGGCAGGCGCAGGCGGCGUCGCUCUGGUCGUCCGGGAAGAUGCCCGUUUCUCCGGGCCCCGAGUCUCCCCGGCGGAGCAGGACGCCCCCGCGGCGCCCGGGUGCUCCCAGCUGGCCACCGCGGUGAUGGACUUCAUCCACGUGCCCAUCCUGCCGUUCAACUCGGCCUUCCUGGCCGCCCGCACCCGGCAGCUCUUGGAGGCGGAGAGCUACGACUCCGGGGCCGCGGCGGUCGGCGCCUUCGCCCCGCCGCGAGGCUCGCCCCCCGCCUCGUCCGCCCCGCUCGCCGCGGGCGACUUCGCCGACUGCGCGUACCCGCCCGACGCCGAGCCCAGGGACGACGCGUUCCCGCUCUACGGCGACUUCCAGCCGUCCGCCCUGAAGAUCAAGGAGGAGGAGGAAGGCGCCAGGGCCGCCGCGCGCUCCUCGCGGCCGUACCUGGUGGCAGGGGCCGGCCCCGCCGUCUUCCCGGACUUCCCGCCGCCGCCGCCCCCGCGAGCGCCGUCGUCCAGACCCGAAGCAGCGGCGGCCGCCGCCGUCCCCACCGGCGCCUCGGUCUCGUCCGCAUCCUCGUCGGGGUCGGCCCUGGAGUGCAUCCUGUACAAAGCAGAGGGCGCGCCGCCCCCGCAGGGCCCGUUCGCGCCGCCGCCCAGCCGCGCUCCGGGCGCAGGCGCCUGCCUGCUGCCGCGGGACGGCCUGCCCUCCACCUCGGCCUCGGCCGCCGGGGCGGCCCCCGCGCUCUACCCGCCCCUCGGCCUCAACGGCCUCCCGCAGCUCGGCUACCCGGCCGCGGUGCUCAAGGAGGGCCUGCCGCAGGUCUACCCGCCCUACCUGGGCUACCUGAGGCCGGAUUCAGAAGCCAGCCAGAGCCCACAGUACAGCUUCGAGUCAUUACCUCAGAAGAUUUGUUUAAUCUGUGGGGAUGAAGCAUCAGGCUGUCAUUAUGGUGUCCUUACCUGUGGGAGCUGUAAAGUCUUCUUUAAAAGGGCAAUGGAAGGACAACAUAACUAUUUAUGUGCUGGAAGAAAUGACUGCAUUGUUGAUAAAAUCCGCAGAAAAAACUGCCCAGCAUGUCGCCUUAGAAAGUGCUGUCAGGCUGGCAUGGUCCUUGGAGGUCGAAAGUUUAAAAAGUUCAAUAAAGUCAGAGUUAUGAGACCACUAGAGGCUAUUGCUCUACCACAGUCAGUAGGCAUUCCAACUGAAAGCCAAGCCCUAAGCCAGAGAAUCACUUUUCCGCCAGGUCAAGAUGUGCAUUUGAUCCCCCCACUGAUAAACCUGUUAAUUAGCAUUGAACCAGACAUGAUCUAUGCAGGACACGACAACACCCAGCCUGAUUCCUCCAGUUCUUUGCUGACAAGUCUCAAUCAACUAGGAGAGAGACAACUUCUUUCAGUAGUCAAGUGGUCUAAAUCGCUGCCAGGUUUUCGAAACUUACAUAUUGAUGACCAGAUAACUCUCAUCCAGUAUUCUUGGAUGAGCUUAAUGGUGUUUGGACUAGGAUGGAGAUCUUAUAAACAUGUCAGUGGUCAGAUGCUUUAUUUUGCACCUGAUUUAAUAUUAAAUGAACAGCGGAUGAAGGAAUCAUCGUUCUAUUCAUUAUGCCUUACCAUGUGGCAGAUCCCACAGGAGUUUGUCAAGCUUCAAGUUAGCCAAGAAGAGUUCCUCUGUAUGAAAGUAUUGCUACUUCUUAAUACAAUUCCUUUGGAAGGACUAAGGAGUCAAAACCAGUUUGAAGAGAUGAGAUCAAGCUACAUUAGAGAGCUCAUCAAGGCAAUUGGUUUAAGACAAAAAGGAGUUGUUUCUAGCUCACAGCGCUUCUACCAACUUACAAAACUUCUCGAUAACUUGCAUGAUCUUGUCAAACAACUUCAUCUGUACUGCUUGAAUACAUUUAUCCAGUCCCGGGCACUGAGCGUUGAAUUUCCAGAAAUGAUGUCUGAAGUAAUUGCUGCACAAUUACCCAAGAUCUUGGCAGGGAUGGUGAAACCUCUUCUCUUUCACAAAAAAUGAAUGCCAUUAUUAUCUUUGCAAAAUUAAAUUUUGUGGUUUGUCUUGUUGUUUUGGUCAGGAUUAUGAGGUCCCAAGUUUUUAUAAUGUUCUUCUUAAAGCCUUACAUUUAUAACAUAUCAUAGUGUGUAAAUUUCAGAGAAAAUUUGUGAAGUUUUGAUUAUUUUCCUUUAUAAAGCAUAAUUAGAAUUUUUAAAGUGUUUUGUGUAACCAUAUUUUCUUUAAGACUUUACAUGAUUGAAAAAGUACUGAAAUUGAUUGUUAAAGUAAACUUAGCCUUAUCCAUACAUAUUAUUUCAUACCAUUUAGGUGAAGAUUUUUAACUUUUGCAUCUAAAAAAUAUUAUACUUUGGAGGAAAAAAACUUACAUGUAAAAAAUGAAAACUUAUUAUAUAUGUUC